UUUGUGGUGCUCCAGUCGUGUCGAGGCGUGUCGGAGUGUAGACCAUGGUCCAGAGUGUCGAGUGUGGGGCGCCACAGUCCCCCAGAACCAACACUUGCAGAUAAACACCACCAUCAUGCUACACAUAGUCCACUUCUCCUUCCACGCGUUGCUCUUCGUCUUUCCCGCGUUCGCCUUCGUCCUGGAGGGAUCGCAAACUUCCUACGCACAGUUCAGGAAAUGGAACGCGGCCCUGAACGGUUCGCUCGAGUUCGAGUUCAAGACGGAGCAGGCGAACGGACUGCUUCUCUACACGGACGACGGGGGGACAUACGACUUCUUCGAGAUCAAGUUGGUGGAAGGUGCUUUGAGGUUAAGGUACAAUCUGGGUGGGGGCGCGCAGAUCCUGACGGUGGGCAGGGACCUGAAUGACGGCCACUGGCACAAGGUACAGGUCCGCAGGAACGUGGAGAGUACGGCUCUCACGGUGGACGGUGUGACGCAGACCCGUACUUCCAGAGGGAAGGAGUUCCAGUUCGGGCGUCUGGCCUCUAACAGUGACGUGUAUGUGGGGGGUAUGCCCUCCUGGUACAAUACCAAGCUGACACUGCUGGCUCUUCCUUCUGUCAUAUUCGAGCCCCGGUUCGGUGGCGCCAUCAGAAACCUCGUGUACGCGGAUGAGGAAAGCCCGCUGCCACGUCGCCAGGAGAUGAGGAUCAAGGAUUACAAGGUUGGUGGCUCUACAGUCUUAUUUUUCUACAUCAAAGUAGUGUAGAAAUGUUUUGGCGAACCACAAGAUCAAUAGUUCAAUGAACUCUUGGCGGUUAUAACUUA